CGGGGGCGGCCGGGCGCGGGCGGGCGUGCGAUGGAAACGCAUAUCUCGUGCCUGUUCCCCGAGCUGCUCGCCAUGAUCUUCGGGUACCUGGAGGUGCGCGACAAGGGCCGCGCGGCGCAGGUGUGCACGGCCUGGCGGGACGCCGCCUACCACCGCUCGGUGUGGCGGGGCGUGGAGGCCAAGCUGCACCUGCGCCGCGCCAACCCCUCGCUCUUCCCCAGCCUGGCGGCGCGGGGCAUCCGGCGGGUGCAGAUCCUGUCGCUGCGGCGCAGCCUGAGCUACGUGGUCCAGGGCAUGGCGGACAUCGAGAGCCUCAACCUCAGCGGCUGCUACAACCUCACCGACAACGGGCUGAGCCACGCCUUCGUGGCGGAGAUCAGCUCCCUCCGCUCGCUCAACCUGAGCCUCUGCAAGCAGAUCACGGACAGCAGCCUGGGCCGCAUCGCCCAGUACCUCAAGGGCCUGGAGGUGCUCGAGCUCGGAGGCUGCAGCAACAUCACCAACACCGGCCUCCUGCUCAUUGCCUGGGGCCUGCAGCGCCUCAAGAGCCUCAACCUGCGCUCCUGCCGGCACCUCUCCGACGUGGGCAUCGGGCACCUGGCGGGCAUGACCCGCAGCGCGGCCGAGGGCUGCCUGGGCCUGGAGCAGCUCACGCUGCAGGACUGCCAGAAGCUCAGCGACCUCUCACUCAAGCACCUGGCCCGCGGGCUGGGCCGCCUCCGCCAGCUCAACCUCAGCUUCUGUGGGGGCAUCUCGGACGCAGGGCUGCUGCACCUGUCGCACAUGAGCAGCCUGCGGAGCCUCAACCUACGCUCCUGCGACAACAUCAGCGACACGGGCAUCAUGCACCUGGCCAUGGGCAGCCUGCGGCUGUCCGGCCUCGACGUCUCCUUCUGCGACAAGGUGGGGGACCAGAGCCUGGCCUACAUCGCACAGGGCCUCGAUGGGCUACGCUCGCUGUCCCUCUGCUCCUGCCACAUCAGUGACGAGGGCAUCAACCGCAUGGUGCGGCAGAUGCACGGGCUGCGCACCCUCAACAUCGGCCAGUGCGUCCGCAUCACCGACAAGGGCCUGGAGCUCAUUGCCGAACACCUCAGCCAGCUCACGGGCAUCGACCUCUACGGCUGCACCCGCAUCACCAAGCGGGGCCUGGAGCGCAUCACCCAGCUACCCUGCCUCAAGGUGCUCAACCUGGGACUUUGGGAAAUGACUGAGAGUGAGAAGGUCAGGUGAGAGGAGGAGGAGGGUGCCCUGAGACCUCCAUCUCCUCUGGAGGGACUCACUGACUGACUGACUGCUGCAGAGGAGGAGAGAAAGAGAGAGAGAGGCAUGCACAGAGGCAUGCUACCCACGCACUCUGGCACUGCAGGGAGGAACACAGAGAAAGAGGGUAUGUCCUCGACCCUUCUGUGCUGCCUACCUGUCGUUGCUGUGGAGGAGGAGGAGGAGGAAGGGGGAGCAGGAGGACAGA